AUGGCCAAAGCAAAGAAACUCUCCAAAGCUCCAAUCUCGGACACUGCCUCCACAAACAGCGCCGGAUCCUCCUCCUCGGCGCCAACUACCACGCCCUCCUGGUUGACCGACUCCCUCCCCCUCCCCGCCCUCAUCGUCCUCGAUCUAGACUACACCCUCUGGCCCUUCUACUCAGACAUCCACAUCUCGCCCCCCAUCCGCUCCCUCUCCCCCUUUGUACUAUCCGACCGAAACGGCGAGCACUUCUCCCUCUUCCCCGACGCCCCCGCCAUCCUCCGCCUCCUCUCCUCCCCACAAUGCAACAUCCGCCUGGCUGUCGCGUCUAAAUCCCCAGUCGGCGAUCUAUGUCGUGAAGUGCUCAAAUCACUACGAUUACCCGAGACGGAGAUACGAGGGCAGCCGAAAAAGGUGAUUGAUGUCUUUACAACAGGCGGGGGCGGAGGGCUGGAGAUUUAUGAGAGCUCAAAACUACGGCAUUUCGAGGUGAUUGCCAAACGGACGGGGGUGCGGUACGAGGAUAUGCUGUUUUUUGAUGACGAGAGGCCUAAUUUCGAGGUGGAGAGCGUAGGAGUGACGAUGAAGCUUGUUGGCAGGCAAGGGCUGUGCUGGGAGGAGCUGGAAAAGGGGAUACAGCUUUGGAGGGAGAGAAAGGGUAUUGUUCCAGCUACUGCUGGCGGUAGCGGUUCAUAUGCUGGAGGGAGAUGGUAA